AUGCCUUCUGUACGCACCUCCACCGGCGACUCGACGGCUUCGAUGGGGCCCCUUGUCCGGUUCUGGAGAACGACUCAUGCGCCAGACUACAUCGGCUUCGCAAUCCUUCUCGCAGGAUGGAUCUUGAUUAUCCUCCUCGUCAAUCCCUUCCACCGCAUGUUCUUCAUCAACGACCUGCGCAUCUCGUACCCCCACGCCGAACACGAGCGAGUCACCGUCCCUCUCAACUUCCUCUACGCCCUCUUCAUCCCUCUCGGCAUCCUCGUCGCCUACAACUUCAUCACCCGCGCCUCCACCCACAAACACGAAGCCACCUACCUCUCCCUCGGCAUCUCCAUCGUCCUCUCGUCCUUCAUCACAGACAUCGUCAAAAACGCCGUCGGCCGCCCCCGCCCGGACCUCCUCGCCCGCUGCCAGCCCUCCGCCGACACCAAGCCCGACGUCCUCGUCACAAUCGCCGCCUGCACCGCCCCCGACGGCCACGCCCUGCAGGACGGCUGGCGCUCCUUUCCCUCGGGCCACUCGUCCUUCUCCUUCGCCGGCCUCGGCUUCCUCGGCCUCUUCCUCGCCGGCCAGCUGCACAUCUUCAACUACUGCGCCGGCGGCCGCGACCUGAGCCGCGCCCUCGUCUGCCUGUCGCCCCUCGUCGGAGCCGCCCUGGUGGCCAUCUCGCGCUGCCAAGACUACCGCCACGACGUAUACGAUGUCUGCGUCGGGUCGGCGCUCGGCAUGACGGUCGCGUACUGGAGCUACAGGCGGCACUUCCCCAAGCUGACGAGCCCCAACUGCGACGAGCCUCAUCCUCACCCGGCCGUCGAGGCUCAGCAGGGGUGGCAGCGCGUGCGGGACGAAGAAGAGCAAGGUAGUGAAUUCGCCUUCCCACUAGGAACUCGACGAAGCUGA